CUCUAAGCUCGCGUUCCCUACGGAGUAGCAAUGUCCGCCAUCCUUGUUACAGGAGCCACUGGCAAGCAGGGUGGCUCCUUGAUCAAAAGUCUCUUGAAAAAGGACGCCCCUUUCCAGAUUUUGGCUGUCACCCGCGACACCCAGUCUGCCUCUUCUCAAAAACUAUCAAAGGAGUCUUCGAAGAUCACGUUGGUGCAAGGCGAUCUGGACCACCCAGCAGAGCUCUUCAAAAAGGCCCAAGAGCUAACUUCGGUACCCAUUUGGGGUGUCUUCAGUGUUCAAGUUGCGAUUGGAAACAGCGCAUCCGAGGAGGGCCAAGGCAAAUCGCUCGUCGACGCUGCACUCAAAAAUGGGGUCAAGCAGUUCGUCUACAGCUCGGUUGACCGCGGCGGCGCAAAAUCUAUAAACACGCCAACCCAAAUCCCGCACUUCGUCCACAAGCAUAACAUUGAGAAACACCUGAUGUCAAGCGCGAAGGAUACGAGUAUGCAGUGGACCAUCUUACGGCCGACUGCUUUCUAUGAGAACCUCACGCCGGACUUCUUUGGCAAGGUCUUUGCGACAUCUUUUAAGACUAGUCUAAAGGGGAAGCCACUUCAAAUGGUCGGUGUCAGUGACAUUGGCGCUGUUGCGGCGGAAGGAUUCCUGCACGCAGAGUCGUAUCAGGGGCAUGCCAUCUCUUUGGCAGGUGACGAGCUGACAUACGACCAAUUCGGGAGUAUCUUUGAGAAGAAAACAGGCCAAGCACUCCCUACUACAUUCAGGCUAUUUUCCGCUGGGAUUAUGGCGAUGAUCAAGGACAUGGGAUAUAUGUUCAAGUGGUUCCAUGAUGAGGGAUAUGGAGCCGAUGUCGAAGAGGUUCGGAGAAUUCACCCUGAUGUCAAAGAUUUCGGAACCUGGUUGGAUACAGAGAGUCAGUUCGUGAAGAGGUGA